UGCUACUGGCGACGUGUGCUGCGUUUAUCUGGUUGUAUAGCUUCAUGCCUAAUAUUCGCGUUAAAAUGGGUGUUUAGUUCCGUAUUACAAACAUACAGACAGUGACCCGCUUCUGGUGUUUUGAUGUCGCUCGGGAGAUUUAGUUAAAGAUGAUAAUAUCUAUUCUCGUAGACAGUUGGCGUACGAACAAAUCCGGUUAGCCAAUUAGCCUACUAGCUAACGUUAGCACGUCGAGCUAAUCUCCUUGCCUUAGUUAAUCCCAGUCUCUCUUCACCAUUAUUAUCGUCAUGUAAUUCGGUUGGAAAUAUUACCAACAACGUGUGGCUCGCACAUGGCUGAGAUGGACUGUAACUGAACGGUCCCUGCAGUUUUAUGACCGGAUAAGAUUUGUUUACCCGUACUUGUUCCCCCCUCUGCAAGAUAAGACACGAGAAAAAAGAUGGAGAUCCACUUAAAUCGAGUUGAUUAUAUCCAGGUUGGUGUGACAUCCCAGAAAACUAUGAGGUUGCUUCCGGCAUUGGGUAAAAAGGCAACCCAAAAGGUUGCUAUUGCUGACCAUGAUGGUAUACUGACAUGUUUUGGGAUGAAGAAAGGAGAAGCAGUGCCCGUGUUUAAAACACUUCCAGGGCAGAAAAUAGCCAGAAUAGACCUCGGAGGAGCUGCGGGAACUCCACAGGAGAAGAUCUUUGCUUGUUCUGGUUCUCAGGUCCGAGGAUUCACCAAGAAAGGCAAACAGUUCCUCACCUUUGAAGCCAACCUCACCGAGAGCAUUAACGCCAUGCAUGUCUCAGGCGCUGACCUUUUUGUGUGUGCAAGUUACAUCUACAACCACUACUGUGACUGCAAAGACCAAGACUACUACCUCUCUGGGGACAAAAUCAAUGAUAUCACAUGUUUGUCUUUAGAAAAUCUGACUCACCUCGUCCCGGUCCUUGCAUGCCAAGAUCGGGUUCUCAGAGUCUUGAAGGGAUCUGAGCUUGCCUAUGACAUUGAAGUCCCUGGUCCUCCCUCUGUCUUGGAAGUGUACAACAGAGAUGGAGGAGAGGAAAUCCUCUAUGGAACUACAGAUGGCAAAAUAGGACUGGUCCAGAUCGGGGAGCGCUCAGCUGCUACCAAAUGGGAGAUCAAUAAUGACAAAAAGAAAGGAGGGAUACUGUGCAUUGACACAUAUGACAUUAUUGGAGACGGAGUGAAUGACAUUCUGGUGGGCAGGGAUGAUGGAACGGUUGAGGUCUAUGGUUUCGACAGCACCAGUGAGCCCACAUUACGCUUUGAGCAUGUGUUGUCAGAGAGUGUGACUUCCAUCCAGGGUGGCUGCGUAGGGAAGGAAUCUUAUGAUGAGGUCUUGACUGCCACUUACGCAGGGUGGGUGACUGGUUUGACUACUGAGCCCCAGAAGGCUGAGGCUGGCCCCGGAGACGAGAUCAGGAUGAGUAAGGAGAUUCAGUCCAAAGUAGAAGCUCUCAGGGCAGAGCUGGAGCAGCUGCAGGUCAAAGUCCUGCAGGGCCGUGAGCAGUACCAGCAGACCUCUCAGUCGAGCACAGCCAUCUCUGCUGUGCCUUUCUUCAGCAUCAAUGACAAGUUCACCCUCUGCCAGGACGAUGCCAGCUACAGCCUCACUCUUGAGGUGCAGACGGCCAUCGACAAUCUGCUGCUCCAGAGUGACGUCCCCAUAGACCUGCUGGAUGUGGAUAAGAACUCAGCUGUUGUCAGUUUCAGUGAAUGUGAUUCAGAGCAGCCUAAUGGGAACUUCCUUUUGGCUACGUACAGAUGUCAGGCUAACACUACCAGACUUGAGCUCAAGGUGAGAUCCAUCGAGGGACAGUAUGGGACCCUGCAGGCUUACAUUACCCCCAGACUGCAACCCAAGACAUGCCAGGUCCGCCAGUACCAGAUCAAACCUCUGUCCCUCCAUCAGCGGACGCACAGCAUAGACCAAGAGAGACCCAUGAACAGGCUCAGUCUGGUGGGACAGUUCAGUUUUGCUGAGAUCCACUCCUGGGUGGUCUUUUGUUUGCCGGAGGUGCCAGAGAAAACUCCAGCAGCAGAGAGCAUCACUUUCUAUUUUCAUAACACUUUUCUUGGGACACAGCUUGAAGCCACCUACUGCAAAGGAGAGGGUCACUUCAGGUCAGACAACAUCUCCACCAUCUCCAUACUGAGUGAUGUACUCUCUAAAGAAGCUACCAAGAGGAAAAUCAAUCUUAACAUUUCAUAUGAUAUUAAUGACGACUCUGUAAGCCACACCCUGAAGAUGAUACACCCAAAGCUGGAGUACCAGUUGUUGUUGGCUAGAAAAGUUCAGCUUAUCGAUGCACUCAAAGAGCUUCAGGUUCAUGAGGGGAACGCUGACUUCCUCAUCCCAGAGUAUCGCAACAUCUUGGAUGAGUCCACUAAUCUCCUAGAGGAGUACAAGAAGCAGCCAGCGCACCUUGAGAGGCUUUAUGGAAUGAUCACAGACCUCUUCAUCGACAAAUUCAAGUUCAAAGGCCAGAAUGUGAAAACCAAGGUGUCUUCUUUGCUGGAGAUACUUGAUAAUUAUGACUUAAAUUCUCUGUUAAACUUUUUCAACGAGGUAUGAUAUCAUGUAGAUCAGAGGGUAUUUAUUUACUUGUCUUUGAGGGUCUUUAUUUGUGCUAUUUUUGUAUUGUAAAUACAAAAAUAUGUUUUGUUUUAUGAUAGUUACAAGGAAUGUCGAUGUCAUGUUGUCGUUACGUCAUUUAGUUUGUCCUACCUAUGGUGUACAACAUUUAAAUAUUUAUCUCUAUAAACAAGAGUGGUGAUUAAUAAACCACUACAAGGUUGCCAGGAUAGUGCAGGUUCCUAUUUGUAUUAGUGGCUAAGCUUUGGUUUAUAUUUGUAAUUUCAGUGACCAAAUUUAAGUCAGGUAAAAAGGACAAAUGUACUUUUUUAUGUCAUUAUUACCAUAGGACUGAGUUCAGCCUCUUGAAAUAGAAAAUUAGAGAUUAUUUUUAUUGUUAAAAAUGUAUUAUUCAUCUUUCAAGGGGCUGAUGGAAACACAGUCAACAAAUACUACUAAGAAUAUAAAAUUAUAAAUGUAGAAAACAGCUUGUAUGAUACCAUGAACUAUGAGAUAAAUGUUGAAUAAUUAAUAAAAAACAAU